CUUUUAAAGAUGGAUCACAGAAAGAUUUGUUAAACCUUACAGGGACGAUUCCUAUGAAGUUUCAGGGAAACUUGUACAACAUACCCAUAUGUCUCUGGAUCCUAGACUCCCACCCGUUUGCUCCACCUCUCUGUUUCCUGAAGCCAACUGAAAAUAUGGGCAUUCGAGUUGGGAAACACAUAGACGUAGAAGGAAGGAUAUAUCUUCUUUACCUACAGAACUGGAGUCACCCAAAGUCCACUGUCAUCGGUUUGCUUAGAGAAAUGGUGCAGACGUUUGAGGAAGAGCUCCCUUUAUAUUCACUAUCAGUGGCGGAUGCGGCCAGACAACAGGAGCUGCUGUCGUACAUUUCACAGGUCACAGAUGGUGUAUCUAGUGUUGAUUUGACCACGAAAAGCAGAGGCAAAGUUACAGUCAUUGGAGGGGGAGACUUGGCUAUAGCUUGUUUAUUGGCAAUAUCUGCAAAAGGUGUAGCUGAUAAGACCCUCCUUCUUGAUAUCAGCGAGAGCGGAAAUAAAGGCACGGGCGCCAUGGACCUCAAUAUCUUCUGCGUCCCGAAUGUGGAAGUUAGCAGUGAAAUCUCAUCCAUCGCUGGCUCAAAGGUUGUUGUUAUUACGGUAAAUGCCUGGAGCAAUGAUCAGUCUUACAUUGGUGUCCUCCAAAGCAACGUGGACAUGUUACGUGGGCUUAUUCCAGCGGUUGCCUCCCAUUGUCCAAAUAGUGUACUGCUUGUGGCAUCUCAGCCAGUUGAGAUAAUGACAUACGUGACGUGGAAACUAAGUGGAUUUCAGCACAAACAAGUUAUAGGGAUUGGAUGUAACCUGGAUUCUAGCAGAUUUCAACAUAUUAUAGAGAAGGUGCUAAAUUUCCAAGAUAACACGCAGGAAGCCUGGAUUAUUGGUGAACACGGCGAAAACAAAGUGCCUGUUUGGAGUGAUCAGGAUUCAAUGAAUAAUCAGCCCUGUCCAAAAUUAUAUCCCCAGAUCUUCCACGAGCAGCUGACAAGCAGAGCCAUGGAGAUACUGAAAGGAAAAGGCCAGAGAUCAUGGUCUGUUGGUCUGUCUGUAGCAGAUAUAACAAACACCAUAGUACAAAAUAAAGGGUCAAUACAUUCAGCCUCCUCUUUAGCUAAGGGUUAUUUUGGGAUCCAGGAAGAGGUGUUUUUAAGCCUGCCUUGUUUCCUUGGAACUCGUGGGGUUCUUGGAAUUACUAAGACCAUAACAAAAGAUGAUCAAACUUUUGAAACUCUCAGGAAAAGUGCCAAAGACAUUCACAGGUUGCAGCAGCAGCUAAAAUUAUAAAAAAUAAUAAUAAAAAAACACAUCUGGAGCAGGACUCACGUGUGAUACAGGAAACAAAAAUCAUUAUGAAAUGAAGAAACGCAAUAUAACCCUGAGCAGCGUGAGAGCGCGCUGUGCCUCGCAUUAUGUUAGUGUUUGAAAAGAUCUACUAUAGAAGAGUGUAUGGUGUAAUAUAAAGGUUUUUGUAUCUUCAUAAUAUUCCCCAUUUCUAUUUUUGAACAGAUCUGUUUGUUUUAUAUGGGAGUCUAAUGUUUAUAACCAUUUAAUGUGUUUGUAAAUAUUUACUCCAGCUUUGUUUUCUUUACAAAAAAAAAAGUACAAGCAAUCUUUGAUUUCAUUAGGUUUUGGCAGUACUGUCGGUUUUGUUCUUUAUUCACAGAAGACAAAAAAAAUUUGUUUUUAAUGAGCUAUCUGUGCUACUCAUCAUAUUUACGUUGUAUUCUAAAUUGAUUAAAAUAUUGGAAAAAUCACAAACAUUUUGACACAGCCGGGCCAUGUGACUAACGUUGCGGAUUAGAUCAACUGCAGUUUCCCCUCAGGACCAGCAGUGUUCUUCAUCUCCUGAGUGGUACUUCUACUAUGUGUUUAACCCAUUUGCAGGGAGGAGGGUUAAACACAUAGAAGUGCAGGGUGCUUACAAAUUAGAGCAUGCAAUUUUUCGACAAGGCCCUUUAAAGAUGUUAGUGCUACAUUUUGCAGGUACCAACACUGAGCUGCAUCUUUUUCAACACAAUGUUCUGUAUCUUGUCUUUGUUACAUUCUUCCUUCUAUCUUAAAGGUACAGUAAAUACUAUAAAAUUGCAAUAUGAAAUGUUUCAUUAAGUAUAGUAAAAAAAAAACUGCUAA